CGUCCCGGGUUUAUUCGCUUGAACUCUGAUAAAUGGCGCCGUAGACAAACGAUUUAGGGCUGAUUUGAGCUUAUAGUUCUUUCAUUUUCCUAUAUGCAGGUAGCUGAAACUGCAGAAGAAUUGAUGCAUUAGAAAUGCAAAUUGGAUGAAUCAAAAAUGCCUCCUAAAAAGGCUUCGUCACCAGUCAAACUAGCACCGAGAGGUGCUGCAAAACCUACCACUAAAACCACUACAACAACCACCAAGAAAGCUCCGAAUACUAGCAAAACUGGUGCAGUGGCUAGUAAAGGAAGUGCUGCCAAGAAAACUGGUGGAGCUGCAGUUAAAGGGAAGCCCAAGGGAAAAGAAACUGUAUCCCCAAAGCCCAAAGGUCCAGUGUGGACUAAAAAUGAUGAACAUGCAAGAACAAUCCAAAAAUAUGUCAGAAGGCAUCUUGCAAAGAAAGAAUUACAGAAACUUAAAAAACAAAAACAAGAUUAUGAUGGUUUAAUGGAGAAACUGCAAAAGGAGGCAUGGCUGAAACUUGUUCAAAUGGAAAGAGAACAAGCAGAAUUGGAAAGGAAGAAGGAAGAAGAAGAAAGGAGAAAGAGAAGGGAAGAGGCCAAGCGACAAAGUAGGAUUUUAGAGGCAGCAUUUGAUGGGGAUAAUGAUGAAAUUCUUGCUGCUCUUGAAGAAGCAUUUGAAGAAGACAGUAAACARACAUCCUUAUCAGACACUGCUCGUCAGUCACUUAUCAUUCGGCACCAGUUUGCUCUCAUAGACUGUAAAGAUGCUAAUAAUAACACUCCACUGUCAGAAGCAGCAGGGGGAGGACAUGUUGAUACAAUUAUGAUGUUGAUACAAAAGGGUGCCGACAUCAAUUCUAGRGGAAGAUACAAAAGGACUCCUUUGUGGAGGGCAGCUUUUGGAGGACACUUACAGGCUGUACAAACCCUUCUUGAACAAGGUGGUGAUCCAAGACUUAUUGCGGAUGACGGCACAAAUGCAAACCAAGUUGCAGCUAUUGAUUCAGUCAAGAAGGUGAUAGACGAAUGGGGCAUUAGUCAAACAGAUGUACUCAUAGAGAAGAUAGCGAAUGAACGAGAAAACAGAGCAGAGGAAGAAAAGAAGCGAUUAGAAGCUGAAUGCAACAGACUUGAAGAAGAAAUCACAGCAGCAGAGAAAGAACACAAGGCUUGCCAAAAAGAGUUAAAGAGAGCACAUGAAGAGCUCAAUAAAAGAAUCUUUGAACACGAUCAGUGCAUGAGCGAAGGGAAGUUGGACAAGAAAGAGAUUACCUUGCAGGCUAUUCAUGAUGCYRAAGAAACCCUUGAACUUGUGAAGAUUAAAGCUGAAGCUGCACAGAAAAAUCUAGCACAGACAAAACUGAAGUUGAGAGAGCAAAAACCUCAAGAUAAGGAAGAGACAGAAAACCUCCAAGGAAUAAAGGUCAUGAUCAAAGACUUGGAUGAUGUGCUCUUUAGGGAUGUUGGUGGAAAGAUUGCUGCAGAUGGAAGGUGGCCACUCAUUAUCGACCCUUCAUCACAGGCCUCAACAUUCCUGCGCUAUAGAGAUACAAAUUUCCUCAAUGCUCUCAGUCAAAGGGAUAUAAACCCUGAAACUAUCAGAAUUGCUCUUCUAGGAUCUAUAAGAUUUGGUAAACCAAUGGUUAUAGAUAUGAUGGGAGUAGAUUUGUUUGACACACUUGUUACAAGGUUUGAUGAAGUGCAAGCUGGGUUAUUAUCAUCCAUCAUGAACAAGAGCAUCCUCAAAGAUAAUAAGUUUCUAGAGCUAGUCCGCCCUGGGGACGGUGAGGAGUACAGUAAGACAGCAUUCCUUGGUGCAAGGAUUGAAUGUUUCUCUUUUGUGAUUAUCACACAACAAUGGAAUCCGCCAGAACAUCUAAUGGAACAAACUUAUCCUAUUAGAAUCAUCAUUCCAUCUCUACCAGACUACUAACAUGCAGUAAUGUGAGCUUUAAGAUGAUAAAUGGUGCACUAUUUUGAACUUUUUUUUUUUUGAACCCUGAAACAACCUCUAGGCUGAUUAACAUCAGGGCACAGCUAAUAAACAGAUCAAAUUGGAAAUCAGCUUGUUAGAUUCUAUACGAUAACAAACCCCACUAUACCCCCCCCCCCCC